UUUCUGCGCAGGUACCAGAGGCCGACGCUACUCAUUCUGUACGAAGAUCACCGCGAAUCAAGGCACCUCAAAACGUAUGAGAUGUCAAUGCGCGAAAAGGACAUGCGAGAUGGCCCGUGGUCGCAGAACGACAUAGAAGCUGGGGCCCACUUGUUGAUAUCCGUGCAUGAGCCAGUGGGCGGCGCUAUUGUUAUUGGCGAGCAGAGCAUCUCCUACCACAACGGCGAGUACCACACCACAAUAGCUAUCAAGAAUACCAUCAUGACGUCGUACACCGCCUUGGAUACAGACAAGACCAGGUUCCUACUGAGCGACCAUACCGGAACUUUGUUUGUCCUCAAACUGAUCGUCUCGGCAUCGGACGAGGUAGUCAAUAUCGCCAUUCUGGAGAUAGGCUGCACGCCCUGGGCGUCGUGUAUGACGUACAUAGACAACAAUGUCGUAUUCAUUGGGAGUGCCGUCAACGAUUCGCAACUCAUCCGCUUGCGGCCCGACUUCAGAUCGAAGACACAAGACUACACUAAACCAGAUUCGCAGAAGGGCAUCCACACCGAACCGCUAGGGUAU